GGAUUUUUUGGAUCAUGGAUUCCUUAUAUUAUUAUUUAUUUUGAAACGGAGAGGAUAAGUGCCUUUUUUGAUUUUUACAAGAUUUUUGCAGGGUUCAAGAAUCAAGACCUAAAAGUGUUUUCUAAUACCUACCUACCUAUCAAUAUUAUUGUGAAAAAAUUAUGAUAUCAAAGUGAACUUGACAAAAUAUCUAUUCUGCCUGCGAAAUAACUUUUUGCUCUCUCUGUUUUCUAUGUAAAAAUAUACCACAAUGAAUUCGGAAUGGUUUGAAUCAAUAGGGCGGCCUCAAUACGUAGUUGCACCGAUGGUUGAUGCUAGCGAGUUGGCUUGGAGGUUAUUAUGUAGGCGACAUGGGGCUACCCUGUGUUAUACGCCAAUGUUACACAGUACAGUUUUCACAAAGGACCCGAAAUAUCGAAAAGAAAACUUUACAACUUGCAGUGAAGAUCGCCCACUGAUAGUUCAGUUCUGUGGUAAUAAUCCAGAAACAAUGGCUGCUGCAGCAAAAUAUGUGGAAAAAGAUUGUGAUGCUAUUGAUAUAAACCUUGGAUGCCCGCAGUCAAUUGCUAAACGUGGCAGGUAUGGUUCCUUUCUCCAAGAUGAUUGGGAACUAUUAAGAAAAAUGGUUACUGCAAUGUGUAAAGCAGUUUCAGUGCCUAUAACAUGCAAGGUUAGAAUAUUCGAAAGUAUAGAGAAGUCUGUACAAUAUGCAUUAAUGUUACAAGAGUCAGGGUGCAAGUUGUUGACAGUUCAUGGAAGAACAAGGGACCAGAAGGGACCAUUGACAGGUAUAGCACGUUGGCAGCACAUUAAAGCCAUUAGGGAAGCUGUAUCCAUUCCAAUGUUUGCUAAUGGUAAUAUUCAGUGCUUGGAAGAUGUCCACAGAUGUUUAGAAUACACGAAAGUUGAUGGUGUGAUGAGUGCAGAGGGUAAUCUUACAAACCCAGCUAUAUUUGAAGGAAUCAAUGCUGUCACAUGGGAAGUAGCAUUGGAAUAUCUUGAUCUGGUGGAGAAAUAUUCAUGUCCAUCAUCCUUUAUAAGAGGGCAUUUGUUUAAAAUAUUCCACAAAAUAUUUACAUUUGAAAGUAAUAAUGAUGAAAGGCAAUUGUUAGCUACAGCUCAAUGUUUAGAUGACUUCAAACAAGUGUGCCUCAAAGUAAGGCUAAAAUAUUUACCUUAUCACCAAGGAGAAUCCACUUUUGAGGAUAAUGAAGGCAUUACUAGAAAUGGAUGUAAUCUAAUAUUACCACCAUGGCUGUGUCAGCCCUAUGUGAGGAUGUCACCAGAAGAACAUACACAGAAGAUGGAAAACCUAUGUAAAAGUCUGGAUAACAAUGAGACAAAAAGGAGUCUUGAAGACCUGGAUGGACAUGUCAUGUCCAGGAAAAAAAUGAAGAAAAUGCGGCGUAUAAUGAGAAGACCGCUCAAACCAGACGCCGAGGUAGCCGGCAGAACUGGCGAAAUCUGCAUCAGCGAAACAUGCCCUAACCCUUUGGGUGGUAAAUGCGAAUAUCGGCUUUGCAAAAAAUGUUGCAAAAACAAAUGCUUUGAAGAGGAUCUAGACUGCAAGGGUCAUAGAAUACUUGUACAUACUAGACGUGAAAUGGCGAAACAGUUUGCACAUCAAAAAGAAGUACCAUGUUUAUCAUAGAUAUGUUAAUACAUGUUUAAAUGUUAAGUUGUUAAUAUAGCUAAGUAUUUUUGUUAAAUAAGUGUUAAAAAUAAUAUAAUAUAAAGUGAAAUA